ACAACCUCUUCCUCGCCCACUUCAUCUACAACAACCAACCCCCUCUCCCUUCCUCCCUUCCUCUACCGCGUCGACUACCCAGGCUCACGCACCGUCCUCACCGCGACCGGUUUCGUCGCCGCAAAUACCACAACCACUAUCUCGUCCACCACUGCUCUACGCCACCACGCCAGCGCCCACUUCGACUGGCGCUCUCGCUCGCCCUCCCCCUUCAUCUCCCUCUUCGCUGAUCGCGCGCACGCUAUCAACUGGGCGCAAGCUAUCAGUGCCUUGAAGGGAGAUGCAGUGUGCUAUGUCACGCAGAUCAACACGGCUGCACUCGGACCUGGACCCAUCUUUCGCGCGGCGGAUUUGUUAGGUGCUGGAGCUGGGGAAGGGGGAGGGGGAGGGGGCCAACAUGAGAGCGAGUAUCUGGUGCUUUGGCGGAUUCCGAUUGAGGCGUGUGUUGGGGAGGUGGUUGUGAGAGCGGGAGGAGGC